ACUAUCAAAUGCUUGGAACCGGGAGCGCGACCAACCAUCCGAUCGCAAUAGAGGCUGAGUCAACCGGAGCUAAUAGAGCUGCGUACGCAACUGUACUAUCUGCUAGGGAAAAAAAUCAUCCGUCCAUCCAUGUUUCCCUACGCCGCGCCGAUUCUCUUCACCCCCAAAAAGGACGGAGGACUUUGGAUGUGUACCGACUAUCGCUUGCUCAACAACAUUACCAUCAAGUCGUGUUACCCGUUUCCACGCCGACGAUCUUAUUGACCAACUUCACAGGGCCAGGAUUUUUUCCAAGAUUGAUGUGCGAGGGGGUUACCACCAGAUUCGUGUGGCCGAAGCUGAAGUUCCAAAGACCGCUUUUCGAACUCGUUACGGAAGUUAUGAGUAUACAGCGAUGCCUUUCGAUCAACUGCCCCACUAACCGACUUGCUGCAAAAAGGGUGUUUUAUGAAUGGGGGAAGAGGCAGCAAGCUGCGUUUGACCAACUGAAAACUUUCCUUAUGACACCACCUAUUCUUCAUAUCGCCGACCCUGACCGCCCGUACGAACUGGUUACAAACGCCAGCGACAUUGCUGUUGGCGCGGUACUAUUACAGAGCUUUGGCGAAGGCCUGCAGCCAAUCGCCUACGACUCGCGAAAACUCCAAGGCGCCGAACGGAAUUACCCGGUUCGCAACAAGGAAAUGCUCGUGAUUGUCAAUGCUUUCAAGACCUGGCACUACUACAACCAUGACGUACAGCAAUACGUGGCCUUAUGCCCCACCGGCCAACUGAUGAAAUCCUCUCGCCAAAAGCCAACUGGAUUACAGCAACCGUUAGAAUCGCCCACAAAGCUUUGGACAAAUGUGUCCAUAGACUUCGUGACAGGAUUGUCGGCUGGCGCAUCCCAAAAUGAUGUUGUAUUCGUGGUUGUUGAUGGACUCAAGAAAAUGGCUCAUUUCGCGCCAUGCCGAACGACGAUCACAGCCGAGCAAACUACCAAGCUGUUCAUCUCAACCGCCGUUCGCCUACACGUAAUCUUAAAGGUGAUCAUAAUUGAUCGUGGCCCCAGAUUUACGUCCAACUUCUGGACAAAAAUAUGGGAACACUACGGUACACGUCUCCAUCUGUCCACGGCUCACCACCCACAGACCGACAGUCAGACUGAACUGACAAAUCAGACCAUGGAGCAGCUGAUACGGACAAUCUGUACCGACCUGACCCAAUGGGAAGUUCGCGUAUAACAGCGCCCCUCCGUCCACAA